ACUGCUUUCAAAGUCAUCUAACAAACUACACGAUCACGGGAGGCGUUCUGGUCUCGUAUCUGGGUGAGGAGCAAGAAAUAGGCGCCUGUAGGCUGGUCACUUCACAGCUGCCCCUCCACAGGGCUCGUGCGCACGACAAUAACAGUUGGGGACUGUAAGGCUGCAGGGCAGUGUCAAGAAAGAGCAGAAAGCAAAAUGUCGAAACCUCAUAUUGAGCACGAGGACCCAUCUCAGGACGGCUUGUCCCGCACACUCAAGGACCUUUUUGCUGGUGCUGUAGGUGGAGUUGCUCAAGUCCUCAUUGGGCAACCAUUCGAUAUUGUAAAAGUUCGUCUGCAGACGACAUCCCAAUACUCGGGCGCAUUGGACGCAGCGACCAAAAUUUAUAGAAAUGAAGGAGCACUUGCCUUCUACAAAGGAACAUUAACGCCUCUGAUCGGUAUCGGGGCCUGUGUGUCCAUCCAAUUCGGGGGCUUCCACUAUGCGCGCCGCGCUUUCGAGGCCAGCAACACAGCCAAGUCUGGCGCCGCCCAACUGUCUUACCUGCAGUACUACGCCGCCGGAGCUUUUGCAGGUAUCGCCAACACGGCUCUCUCGAGUCCGAUCGAGCACAUUCGCAUAAGACUGCAAACCCAGCCGCACGGCGCGAAUCGGCUCUACACCGGACCCAUCGACUGCGUACGCAAACUCUCGGCACAUCAGGGUGUACUUGGCGGCGUCUACCGUGGUACUGCUGUGACCUUUAUGCGUGAAGCUCAGGCGUAUGGGUGUUGGUUUACUGCAUUCGAGUAUCUUAUGAAUUCUGACGCUGCACGCAACAACAUUGACCGUUCGGAGAUUUCAACACUAAAGGUGGCGGCCUACGGGGGACUCGCGGGUGAGGUACUUUGGAUCAGCAGUUAUCCAUUCGAUGUUAUCAAGAGCAAGAUGCAGAGUGAUGGGUUUGGAGCGGAGCAAAAGUACAAGAGCAUGAGGGACUGUUUUGUGAAGACGUACAAGGGCGAGGGCCUGGGCGGCUUCUGGAGGGGCAUUGGACCAACUCUGCUCCGUGCUAUGCCCGUUUCCGCAGGGACGUUUGCAACGGUCGAGGUGACGAUGCGGUUGAUUAGUUGAAGAACGAACACGCUGGUUUUCCGUCGGGAGAAUCUGCGUACGGUAGCAUAUUCAUCUACGAUUGAAGUUUUGCACACACUGGCUGAAGCGCAAGAGAGCGAGUGAACAUGUCAUUCGAUGCAUUCGGACAGGAAUGUUAUUCAUGCGUACCGUAGACAAUCUUGACCUAGAAUACCAAUGUACUGUAAGUACAAGUACUAGGGUCUAUUACCGUUAUCAGACGGAAAUGGCGAUCAAAUCUAUAAUUCAACAAUCCGGCCUUAGGUUCCCCAGU